AUGGGACGGUUUCGAGGCGUCGACGCGCCCGAGAUCGAUCUCGACGCCUACGUCGCGUCGUUGACGCCCUCGCGCGCGCGUCACGCGUCGCACGCGCGCGCGAGCGCGUCGCGAGACGCCGUGCGCGUCGCGCGGUGGUUGGAGAAUGAAAAAGUGCUCUUGCUGACGUUUCGCGACGCCGCGACGCAGCGACGGGCGCUGGGACGACUUUCGAUGUUCAUCGAGGACCCGGAGUGGCGCGGGAAAAUCGCGGACGCGCUGCCGAGCGGCGCGAGGGGCGGGGUGGCGAAUUACAGCGGACACAACGCGCGCGCGCGGGAGGUGUGCGCGUUUUACGCGGCGGCGCGGCGCGAGGGCGGGUGCUGGGAGGACGAAGAAGCGGUCGUCGAGGCGCUGGUGCGGUGCGGAGCGCUUCGGAGGAAUGAGGAUGGCGCGGUGGAGGUGAGCGAAAGCGCGAUGGGGCGCGGAGGGUGGUGCGAAUACGACGGCGAAGACGACGACGAGGAGAGCGUCGUUCCGGAGACGUGCGUCAUCGCCGUGUGCGCGAGCGGAGACGCGCGCGAGGUCCAGGAUGCGCUUUUACACGAAGCCAUGCACGGGCUGUGGUACGCCAGGGAAAAUUAUGCGAGUUGGUGCUACGAAUUUUAUCGCGGCGACGCGCUCGGGGACGAGGAGCGCGCGAUUUGGGUCGACUUUCUUCGCGAGCUUCGUUACGACGUGUCCGUGCGCGAGGUCGUGGUGAACGAGUUUCAGGCGUACAUGGCCACAGAACGCGUGUUAUUCGGCGGCGACGGCGCGACGGCGAACAAGGGAAAGAAAUCAGGCGGCGCGAUCGUUCGCGCCGGCGACGCGCUCGCGGCGAUGCAAAAGAAAUUCGCCGCGGCGGCGAGAGACGCCGUGCCGGACCCACCGCGGUGCGGACAGCUCACCGUGGUGUGGGAAUAAAUUAUUUUAUUGUUUUCGCCCUCGUUCGACGCGAUGGGACGCGAAAAUCUCGAAAAUCGUCGGUGUACAUUUUACAGAUGAAUAAUAAAAGG